AUGUUGUAGUGUUCAGAUAUUUUCUCUCUUGGUGGCACCAUUGCGGAGACACAGAAAGCCUUAUUCUUUAGGUUUCAAUAAUGUGGAACCACGACAGAGAUGAAGAACUUUCUCUGUUCCUUGAGAUGCGUCGACGUGAGAAAGAACACAGAGGAGAAUCUCUCAUAGCAGGUUCUGAUAAUAUUAGUAUGAACGGAGCGUUGACGACUGCUGUGUCCGCGGCGCUCUCUGGUAUCUACUCCGAAACGGUGUCGUCUCAACGUUAUCCUCUCCGGAGAACCGCCGCUGAGAAUUUCUUGUACUCAGAGAAUGAGAAAUCUGAUUACGAUUGGCUGCUUACACCUCCAGGCACGCCACAGUUUGAGAAAGAGUCACACAGGAGCGUAAUGAAUCAGAGUGAUGCUCCCAACUCUCGCCCCACGGUUCUUAAAUCUCGGCUUGGGAACUGUGGUGAAGAGAUGAUCUCAGGGAACAAUAUUAAGACCCAAAUGUCCUCGUUCUCCGGACCGAGCUCUGUAGCUGGACUCAAAAGACCAUCUUCAUCAUGUAGCUCAAGGUCAACGAGUAGACCAUCCACACCAACCAGAAAGUCAACGACUAGACCUUCCACACCGACCAGAAGGUCUACAACUACAACCACCUCCACAACAAGGCCUGUGACCACCACCAGAGCUUCAACCUCUAGAUCCUCAACACCCAACUCACGUGCCACCUUAUCUGCCGCCCGUGCUACUGCCUCUACAUCGGCUCCACGCACCACAACAUCAACCGGUUCAGCUAGAUCAGCUACUCCAACUCGGUCUAAAACUCAGCCAUCGUCUGCACCUUCUAAAAAACCUCUAUCAAGGCCGGCCACACCUACCCGCAGACCUUCAACCCCGACCGGUCCAUCAAUAGUUUCCAGUAAAGCUCCCUCUCGAGGAACUUCUCCGACUCCAACUGUGAAGUCGUCAAGGCCGCCAGAGAUGCCUGGUUUCUCUUUAGAAGCCCCACCGAAUCUGAGGACCACUUUACCAAACAGACCAGCCUUAGCUUCAAGAGGCAGACCUGGAGUAGCCUCUGCACCAGGCUCAAGAUCGUCUUCCAUAGAACGCGGCAGUGGUGGCAUGGGACAUUCAAGAAGGCAAUCUUGUUCUCCUUCCAGAGGUCAUGCGCCUAUUGGAAACACCAACGGGAGCCUCCCUGGUGCACGUGUGCGAGGAAAGGCUAACAACGAUAGCUUUAGCCCUGUGGCUAUGGGAAAUAAAAUGGUCGAGAGAGUGGUGAAUAUGAGGAAACUAGGUCCACCAAGGCUAACAGAGAACGGUGGUCGAGGAAACGUGAAAUCCAACUCAGCUUUUAACAACCUUGGGUAUGGGAGAAACCUCUCCAAGAGCUCCAUCGAUAUGGCCUUAAGACAUAUGGAUAUAAGACGAGGCAUGACAGGGAACCUCCGGCCGCUGGUGACGAAAGUUCCGGCGUCAGCAAUGUACAGCGUGAGAAGCCGGUCGACUAGUGUCACGAACUCUCCGGUAGCUACGAGCAGUACUAUCAGCUCAUCAGAACUGAGUAUUGACAAUAUCAACAUUUUGUGCUUAGAUGGGAACGAGGCUGAAAACGAUGAUCUUCUCAGCGAGAGAAGCUAUUCUUGACCGCUAAUUAAAUAUAUAACCUAUGUUCUUGCUUUGUUACCAUGCUUAAAUAACGUGUUUCUAGAGAUAAUGAAACGUAUCAAAACAACUCUUGAGCAUGUUUAAGUCGUUAUGGAA